AUGUCAGAACUCGAAGCUAAUGUGCCAUAUCGCAACAGCGCCCUCAGGGUUGAGGAGCGUGUCGACGACCUCAUCGGACGGAUGAUACUAGAAGAAAAGGCAGGGAUGAUGUUCCACGAUUUAAUUUUCGCCGGACCAGAUGGCACUCUAGCAGGUGCUAUUCCGCAAUUUGAUUUUCCCAGCAGUGAGGAAGUCAUCCGGCAGAAGCUCAUGAACCAUUUCAACCUCCUAGGACCUAUCAGUGAUGCCCGAGCGGCGGCCCGCUGGUACAACACCGUCCAACGCGAAGCACGUAAGACACGUCUCGGUAUUCCCGUUACUAUCUCGAGUGAUCCUCGGAAUCACUUUACCGAUAAUGUCGGCACCAGUUUCAGUGCAGGCGUCUUCUCACAGUGGCCGGAAAUGCUGGGACUUGCGGCAUUACGAUCAGCCGAUCUUGUUGAACGCUUCGGGCACAUUGCUCGUCAAGAAUACUUGGCUGUCGGCAUACGCCUUGCGCUCCAUCCACAAGUCGAUCUGGCAACGGAACCUCGCUGGGCACGCCUCAACGCCGGAUUUGGCGAAGACGCCGAUUUAAGCUCAGAGCUUGUCGCGGCUUAUAUCCACGGCUUUCAGAAUGGAGCAGUCUUGAAUGAACACUCCGUAUCGACUAUGACCAAACAUUUCCCCGGUGGCGGCCCUCAGAAAGAUGGAGAAGACCCCCAUUUUGUCUACGGACGCGAACAGAUCUAUCCCGGAAAUAACUUUGGAUAUCACCUCAAACCUUUUCAAGCUGCAAUUGACGCUGGGGGUGCCCAGAUCAUGCCUUACUACGGCAUGCCUGUCGGCACGAAGUACGAGGAAGUAGGUUUUGCUUUUAAUAAGGCUCUUAUGACCGGCUUACUCCGUGAGGAGAUGGGCUUUCAGGGGAUUGUCUGCACUGACUGGGGGCUGCUUACAGACAAGAAAAUCUUGGGCCAGGAUAUGCCUGCCCGAGCAUGGGGACUGGAGCAUUUGGACCGAUCGGAGCGCCUAUUGCGGAUUCUGGACGCUGGCUGUGACCAGCUCGGCGGCGAGUCUUGUGUGGAGCUUUUGGUUCAAUUGGUAGAAGCUGGCAGAGUUUCGAUCGACCGCCUAGACCAGUCUGUAAAACGUCUCUUAAGUGCUAAAUUUCUUCUUGGCUUGUUCGACAACCCAUUUGUGGACGAAGAAGCUGCUGCUGGGAUCGUUGGCAACUCGCAGUUCUCCGCGAUGGGAUAUGAUGCUCAGUGCCGCAGCUAUACUUUGCUCACAAAUCGACAGAGCUGCCUACCGUUGAAACCUACAUCAAAGUCUCAACUAGGUGAGACAAAGACCCUGAAAGUUUAUGUCGAAGGUAUUCCUAUAUAUAUUGUCCAAGCUCGAGGAAUGACGGUCGUCGCAGCUCCAGAAGAUGCCGAAGUGGCACUUCUGCGAUUGAAGACACCAUUCGAACCCAGACCAGGCCCAUUCGAAGCGUUGUUUCACACCGGUUCUCUCGAAUUUAGUCCCGAAGAAAAGAUCCGACAGAGUCGCAUAUAUGAUACAGUUCCUAUUGUGAUCGUGGAUAUCUACGCCGACCGGCCGCCAGUGGUACCAGAAAUCAUUGAGGCUGCCACGGCAGUUCUGAUCAGCUACGGUAGCACCGGUGAUGCAUUUCUGGAUAUUGUGCUGGGCAUUUCCGCUCCGGAAGGCCAAUUACCGUUUGAUAUUCCCUCGUCAAUGGAUGCCAUUCGCCAGUCCAAGUCGGACACACCCUUUGAUACUGAAAAUCCUCUAUUUCGUUUUGGCCAUGGACUCAGAUAUGGGAUGCAAGAGGUGUGA